AUGGGAAAGAAGAAUUAUUCCUCCUAUCGAGGAGUCUUUGGUUUGUUAAAAAGAAGAAAGAAACUAGGGCUUAACUGUCGUUCCCCUUCGAUCCGCCUCACCUCAUCCGUCAACGGCCAUCUGUCGCCUCUCUUAUCGGUUGUCGGCCACCUGCGGCCUCCCUCAUCAGUCGCCGACCACCUGUCGCCUCUCCAGUUGAUCAAAAUUUUGCACAUUUGA